CGCCCAUGUGACGUCACGUAGGCGCCACUCGCUGAAGGCUUUCCCCGCCCAUUCUAGUUCUGUUCUCUCUUUCCGGACCUGGCUAAGGAGGAGGCGCCAUCAUGGGAGUUGACAUCCGCCACAACAAGGACCGAAAGGUUCGACGCAAGGAGCCCAAGAGCCAGGACAUCUACUUAAGGCUGUUGGUCAAGCUGUACAGGUUUCUGGCCAGGCGAACCAACUCCACCUUCAAUCAAGUUGUGCUGAAGAGGUUGUUCAUGAGUCGCAGCAACCGGCCACCUCUGUCCCUUUCCCGGAUGAUUCGGAAGAUGAAGCUUCCUGGCCGGGAAGGCAAAACGGCUGUGGUGGUGGGGACUAUAACGGACGACGUGCGUGUCCAGGAGGUGCCCAAACUGAAGGUGUGUGCUCUUCGAGUGAGCAGCCGCGCCCGGAGCCGCAUCCUCAAGGCGGGGGGCAAGAUCCUCACCUUCGACCAGUUGGCGCUGGACUCGCCCAAGGGCUGUGGCACUGUCCUCCUGUCUGAUCAGCCUGAGCCACCGCUUCCUUCCCUUCCCCAGGUCCUCGCAAGGGCCGAGAGGUGUACCGGCAUUUCGGCAAAGCCCCAGGAACCCCGCAUAGCCACACCAAACCCUAUGUACGCUCCAAGGGCCGGAAGUUCGAGCGCGCCAGAGGCCGACGGGCCAGCCGUGGCUACAAGAACUAACCCCAGAUCCUACCUUGUUAUUAAAAAGAUUUUGGAUGCUAAUGGCCUUUUGUGUAUUAUUGGGGAACGGGGUUGGGGGAGGGAGAGGAUCAGAACCGGCAGUGAGAACGCCUUUGUUUGGGGGAAUGGUUGCCAUGCCCCUUUCUGGGGAGACCAGCCUUUGGAGUGAACCCCUUCCGCUGUG